CUGCUGCUCCCGCGCGCGCGCACCCCGUGUCCGGCCCCGCCGCCGGAUACCCGCGUGCACGCGCGCCAAGCGCCCCGGCGGUUGCAACCGCCAUGCCUGCCCGUCCACCACCGCUCUCCCGUUUCCUGUCGGCCCCGCCGGCGUCAUCCUAGCUGGCCUUGGUUCUCUCCUGCCGCGGCUCUCGUUCCCUGGGCGUUUGAUUCCCUCGGCUUGGCGGGAGCGCGCGCGGUCGGCCGUCGGCGAUGGGCGGCCUGUGCUCCAAGGAGGGCGUCGCGGAGGCGCAGCCACACGCCCCCGCCCCGGCCCCGGGCCCGCUGCAGAAGGCGCCGAGCCAGUCGCUGAAGGAGCUCAUCACGCUCGCCGCCAAGGACGAGGACGCCCCCGCCGUGCACGCCGCCAUGUCCCGGACGGUUUCCAACGCCAAGGCCAUGGCCAAGGCUGGCAGCAACGCCGGCGGCGGGGCCGCGAUCGCCCCCGCGCCGGCGGCCGGCAAGAAGGAGGCCGUCGAGAAGACCGCGCCCGCCGUCGUGGUCAUCACAUCCCUCAGCAAGUCCUACAGCACCGCGGGGGCGCCCACGCACCACCGGCGCGACACGGCGGACGCCAACGGCGGCGCCGCGGACCACGACGGCGCGUACCAGGUGAUCUCCAGCGUGCCGCAGGGGUUCUCCGGCGAGCACGUCAUCGCCGGAUGGCCCUCCUGGCUCACCUCCGUCGCCGGGGAGGUCGUCCACGGCUGGCUUCCCCGUCGCGCCGACACGUUCGAGCGACUGGACAAGAUCGGCCAGGGCACGUACAGCAACGUGUACAAGGCGCGGGACCUGCAGACCGGCAAGAUCGUAGCGCUGAAGCGGGUGCGCUUCGUCAACAUGGACCCGGAGAGCGUGCGGUUCAUGGCGCGGGAGAUCCACAUCCUCCGGCGGCUGGACCACCCCAACGUGAUCAAGCUGGAGGGCAUCGUCACCUCCCGCCUCUCCCACAGCCUCUACCUCGUCUUCGAGUACAUGGAGCACGACCUCGCCGGGCUCGCCGCGCUCUCCGGGCAGCGCUUCACGGAGCCGCAGGUUAAGUGCUUCAUGGGCCAGAUCCUGGAGGGCCUGCGCCACUGCCACGCCCGCGGCGUCCUGCACCGGGACAUCAAGGGCUCCAACCUGCUCAUCGACGACGGCGGCGUGCUCCGGAUCGCCGACUUCGGGCUCGCCACCACCUUCGACCCCGCCAAGAGCCAGCCCAUGACCAGCCGCGUCGUCACGCUCUGGUACCGCCCGCCGGAGCUCCUGCUCGGCGCCACCGAGUACAGCGUCGCCGUCGACCUCUGGAGCACCGGGUGCAUCCUCGCCGAGCUGCUCGCCGGCAAGCCCAUCAUGCCCGGCCAGACCGAGAUCGAGCAGCUGCACAAGAUCUUCAAGCUCUGCGGGUCGCCGUCGGAGGACUACUGGGCCAAGGCGAAGCUGCCCGACGUGACGCUCUUCAAGCCGCAGCGGCCGUACCGGCGCAAGAUCGCCGAGACGUUCAAGGACUUCGCCCCCACGGCCCUGGAGCUCCUCGACACGCUGCUCGCCAUCGAACCGUCGGCGCGGGGAACGGCGGCCUCGGCUCUCGACAGCGAGUACUUCCGGACGAAGCCGCUGGCGUGUGACCCGGCGAGCCUGCCCAAGUUCCCGCCCUGCAAGGAGUACGACGCCAAGCUCCGAGGCCAGGAGGCCAGCAGGCAAAACGCGACGGCCAUCGGAGGCAAGGGCUCCGUCUCCAUCAAGCCCGGGAGAGACGACGCCAAGGCCGCGCCAGCCCAGGACGCCAUUGCAGACUACCAGAGGAGGCAUGCCCGCGCCAACCAGAAGAGCACGAGCCACCACUACAGCUCGCAGGAGGACAGCGUGCCGGGCUUCCGGAUCGAGCCGCCGCCGGCGGUGGCCGGGCGCGGGCCGGCGGCGAUACGGACCGCCGGGUUCGGGUCGACGUGGUACAGGAACGACCAGCGCGGGGUCCCGCGAACGUCGAGCUCCGUCAGGGCGUCGACGCUCACCUCGCAGCGCUCCUACGCGCCGUCCCGGGGCACCGACCUGCACCCGAGCUCGUCGGCCGCCAGGAACGCCAACCCCAGGUACAACCGGCUGGACGUCGCCGAGCCGGCCAACGCCGUCGGCCGGCCGGGCUCCUCCCACCAGAAGGACCUCGGCGUGAGGGACACAUCGGCCGGAUUCGGAGGGAAGAACAAGAGGAUCCACUACUCGGGCCCCCUGAUGCCGCCCGGCGGGAACAUGGAGGACAUGCUUAAGGAGCACGAGAGGCAGAUCCAGCAGGCGGUCCGCAAGGCGCGGGUCGAGAAGGAGAAGACGAACAGGCACCAUUACUGAGGGGGAAAAAACAUGCAUCAAGUUGGUAGCCAUACACGGCGAAUCCCAUGGUCUCAGACCAGAGCAUUCAUGUGCGUCUCUCCACGGAGCAGAUCAAGGUGAGAUCAUUGAUGGAGGGUAGAUCAACACACGAAUGCGCCGCCUCGCAGCGCUCGGGGCGGCUAGGAGUCGGGGCUUUUCUUGGUCCAUGUGUAUAAUAGCAGUGAUAGAGAGGCUUGGAAAGCCUGACAGGGAGGAGGAAGAGAGAGACACAUGUAUACACCCAAAAGAAAAAUGUGUGUGCAUC